UGAACAAGCGCCGGUCUGGUUUUACAAGCCGCGGGAUGUAGGUUAUUGUUUUUUUAAGCCUGAACAGGCUCAGGCAAACUCAGGCGCACUUUAAAAACUCACCAGAAUCGUGUCGAAAGAUGGGGUUCUGAGUGAAUGGAGGGAUAAGUGAAGUUUGUUUUGGAUGAGGGUCAGCCGGGGGAAGAGCGGGAGAGGUAGACGAGAAACCGUGAGAGAAUCAACGGCAGUACAAAAGAAGGAGGCCGAAUAACGGGUCACGAACUCCGAGCUAAACAGAUGUAUUCCAUGGGCUGUCCCUUCGCCUGGUGGGCCUUACUGGUACUGCUCCUGUCAGGCAUUCCAGGGGUGCACCUGGGCAAGUGCCCAAAACAGUGUCUCUGCGACCAGAUUCAACUCACUGUGUCCUGUGUCAACAAGAAUCUGACCGAAGUGCCUCCCACAAUAGAUGAGAUCACAGUGAAGCUUGACCUGAGAGGGAAUGACAUUCAAACGCUGCCCACAGGGGCGUUCAAGCACACCCCCUACCUGACGCACCUCACGCUGCAGCGCUGUAACAUCCGAACCGUGAAGGAGGGCGCCUUCCGCAGCCUGGGCCGCCUCGUCUUCCUCAACCUUGCAAAUAACAACAUUGAGAUACUGUACCAGGAGUCCUUCGACGGCCUCACUUCUCUGAAGCAGCUCCUGAUCGACCGUAACCGUGUGGAGGAGAUUCAGCCAGGAGCCUUUUCCCAGCUGGGAUUCCUUAACUUGCUCUCCCUCACACACAACCAGCUGGUCUACAUCCCCAACAUGGCCUUCCAGGGCCUGCAGAACAUCAAGUGGCUGCGUCUCACUCACAACUCCCUUAACUACCUUGCCACCGAGGCCUUUGCUGGCCUCUUCACUCUAACACGUCUCAGCUUAGACCACAACGAGCUGCAGUUCUUCCCCACUGAGACCAUGACCAGACUCCCAGAGGUCACUCGUCUGGACCUUGGCUCCAACCCCAUGACCUACUUGGGGGAGGAGACAGUGUCAAUGGCCAAGGUCACCCACCUCUUCAUGGACCAUAUGUCCCUUCAAGACCUGGCUAACACAGCUGUGUCCCUAUCCCCUAACCUAGUGCACCUGGAUCUCAGCCACAACCAACUACGUGUUCUGCAACCCUUCUCUGCAGGUUCCCCUAAGCUGGCGCGUCUCAACCUGGCAGGAAACCCCAUCUACUGUAACUGCUACCUGCGUCCCCUGAGGGAGUGGGCCCUGCGGGGCAAGGUCAAGCUGCUGGGGGCCUGCGGGGGCCCCGCCCACUUCUCUGGGGAGAGUCUGGAGGCCAUCCACCCCUCUGAACUGCGCUGCCAGAGUCAGGAGGCCAUGCUGAAGGCAGAGUUAGAGGAGCAGAGCAUGGUCACCCCACCCCCCACUCCUGAGCCAGACAACAAAGUCAAGUGUCCCACCAAUUGUGCUUGCGAGGGUGAUACCCACCACUCUUCCUGUGAGAACCGUGGCCACACAAAAGUGCCUCGCGGCUUCUCACCGGAUACCAGACUCCUUGAUCUCCGUGGCAACGACUUCCACUACAUUCCUGGCAACAGUUUUCCUGGAGUCGCUGAGGUGGUGUCCCUCCAUCUUCAACGCUGCAAGAUUGUGGAGAUGGAGGAUGGAGCCUUCAACGGGAUGAAAGGGCUGGUUUACCUCUACCUGUCUGAGAACGAGCUCACCUCCCUCAGCCCAACAGCCUUCAAGGGCCUGCCCCAGCUCACCUACCUCCACCUGGAGAAGAACCGUUUCACCACCUUCCCCAAGGGGGCUUUCAAGCUGCUGCCCGGCCUGCUGGCCCUGCACCUGGAGCACAACUCCAUCUCCAAGCUGGAGCCAGGCAUCUUAAUAGGGGCAGAGAGGCUGAGGGGCCUCUACCUCACUUCCAACUCUAUUAACAGUGUGGCCCCCCAGGCCCUUGACCAGGCCUCGGACCUGGACACACUGCAUCUGGGUGGGAACAAGCUGAAUGAGGUCCCCACUGAUGCUCUGGGAAAGACAUUGACUCUCGGCGAGCUCCGUCUGUCAGGGAAUCCCAUCCGCUGGGUGGGACCCCAAGCUUUCCAGCCACUGGCUAGGGUGCUGAAGGAUCUCUAUCUAGAUGGCAUGGGACUGGAGAAGAUGUCUAAGGACUCCCUAGCGGGGUUGGGCCCAGGUCUGAGGAGUUUGUACCUGGAGGGGAACCAGUUGGAGGAGGUGCCUGACCUGAACAGUUUCACCAGUCUGGAGGUCAUCAACCUGGCUGACAACCCUCUGCUGUGUGACUGCCCCCUGCUGCCCUUGCGCAUAUGGAUAGAGAAGGUCAACCUGAAGGUGCGUGCCACCUGUGCUCAUCCACCUGAGCUGCGGGGUCAUAGGGUCAAAGACGUCCACGUCUUCAAGGCCUGCCCAGGGGGUGAAAACCUUGCCUCCUCCCCCACCGUCGCCCCUACAAAAAUCUCCAAGACCCCCAAGUCCACCAAGGCUAAGCCAGCUCACCUUAACGCCCCUCGCCAGGUCAAAGUGGUCAAGACCAAAUCCAAAGGCCGUAAGAGCCAGACGCCAAAACCUGCAGUGGCCAAGAAGACCGCCAAAAGGAGCAAGAUGGCCUGAGAAUGAGUCUGUCAUAUAUACAGUAUGUUAAAUCUGUCUAUAGGAUGUACAGUGAGUAACAAUUUCUUCAGUUUUCCAUUGUACAGUCCUCACAGAUUACGGUUCCUUAUAACUACGGUAUAUAGAUCAGUGACUUCCAACUGAA